AUGUCGGAAUCACUGGAUGACUGGGAGUACAGCGAAGAAAAUCCUCGCAACUGGUCCACUGCGAAGAAGUGGACGACUAUGUCCGUGGUCUCCCUCUACGCUUUGCUUGCGCCACUAGGCAGCAGCAUGAUGGCCCCAGCCUUGGUCCAGGUUGGGACUCGCUACGAUAUCACGAACGACACGAUCCUGGCGAUGACCCUCAGUAUCUUCCUUCUGUCCUUUGCUCUCGGGUCUUUGACGCUGCCUCCGCUCUCGGAAAUGUACGGUCGAAAAUGGGUCCUACACCUGUCGAAUAUCUUCUUCGCAAUCUUCAACCUCGUCUGCGCGUUCGUUCCCAAUGCGGGCGCGCUGAUCGCCUUCCGAUUCUUGUCGGGCUACCCGGGCGCAGGCCCGGUGUCAAUCGGUGGCGGCUGCGUCGCAGACCUCUUUCGGGAAGAGGAACGCGCGAGCGCCAUGGCGCUCUAUACUCUGGGGCCCGUCAUCGGUACGCCUUCGACGAGGGACUUCUUUGACUGCGUUGCAAUCGCUGACAGCCGGGCAGGUCCAAUCAUAGGCGGUUAUGUGGCUCAAGAACUCAGUGUCAAAUAUGUAUUCAUUAUCAUCUCGGCGGCGUGCGGCGUAGCCGCGCUAGUUGGGCUACCUUUCCUCCGCGAAACGUACGCUCCGGUGCUUCGUGCCCGCCUAGUGAAGAAGGCCGACAAGGAGAACGGCCUCGCCCUGCCAGCGUCCACACGCCCGGUAACUGAGAACAAGCUGGACUACAUGUGGACGAACAUGACAAGGCCGGUCGUGCUUCUGACCCGGAGCGCGAUCUGCUUCUUGCUUUCUCUAUACAUGGCAUUCCUCUAUGGGAUUUACUAUCUUAUGUUUGCUGUCUUCGCAUCGUUCUUCCAGGAGACAUAUGGUUUUUCUACCGGUGCAGGCGGACUUUGCUAUCUUGGCUUGGGCGUUGGUUUCUUCGUCUCGACUGCUGUUUCCUCGCGCUUCGGAGACCAGAUUUACAACACGCUCUGUCAGCGUAACGGUGGCGUGGGCAAGCCGGAGUUCAGAAUACCUAGCCUCAUAUUUGGCUCAUUUUUUAUCCCUGUUUCAUUGUUCUGGUACGGCUGGUCUGCCGAUGCACGGAUGCAUUGGAUAAUGCCAAUCAUUGGCACUGGUAUCUUCGGCUUCGGUGAGCUCUUCAAAGGCUCCUUGCCCAUCCAACUCUACCUAGUGGAUGCAUUCCAUUAUGCCGCCAGCGCGUUCGGCGCCGCCACGGUUCUCCGAUGUCUGUGUGGCUUUGCCUUCCCUCUCUUCGGGAAGCAGAUGUAUGCCGCACUAGGAAUGGGUCCAGGAAACUCGAUCUUGGGCGCCCUAGCCAUCGUCCUCGGCAUCCCAUUCCCUGUCUACCUAUAUUUCCGUGGAGAGCAGAUCCGCAAACGAUCCAAUCUCAAUCGGUAA